UUUGUCAAUAUACAUAUCACUCACCGCUAGACCUGUCUCUUUGCUGUCGAGGACUGAAUGCUCUGACACUCGCGCAGAGCAGAGUGGUCAAGAUAGGAGGUAAAAUAGGGGGUGUAUCAGGGAAUUGAGCUUUCUCGAAGCCGUUCCCCUCUUGACGCCCCUACUAGUUAAGAGGUAUGGCCAGUCUACGACCGACCACCUCGUCUGCGGAUCUAUUUCCAGCUUCCUCCUCCAAAUCGACGGACGAUGGACAGCUCGCCAAUGGACUCAGCUUAGGUCUGGACGAAUCGUCAGAGGAGAUUCUGGCCACGCACGGAGAGAAUCGAUCAGAACCAUUGGAGAGGAUGGAAAGCCUUGAAAGCGGUUCAUCCGAAUCAUCUGGUCAAGUCGGAGCCUCCAGUCUUGAAGAAUCACUGGAAGGACAGGAGGACUCUGGAUCUGAUCAGGAGGUCAACGGUCUGCGUCAUGAUGAGGAUGGGAUGAUGAUCCAGAUGGAUUCAGUCAUGGACAUGGGAAGCGAGGGCGAGAGUGAUGAAGGGAACAGUAGCCAAGAAGUCAUCAUGAGCGAUUCAGAGGCUGGGCCGUCAAAUGGCAAGCGAGUCAAGGUCUACGAGCUACGCGAGAACUCGUGGUAUGAUCGAGGGACUGGACAUUGCAGAGGAGUUUAUGACGAUGCUCAAGAUCUCGCCAUGUUGAUCGUCGAGGCCGAGGUUCCUGAAAAGCCUGGCGAGGAUGAAGGCGAAGGUGGCUUUCUGAAGGAUGAGCUGUUAUUGAGCGCGAGGGUGGAGAAAGAUGACAUUUACUCUCGGCAGCAGGACACGCUCAUCGUUUGGACUGAACCGGGGACCAACCUCGAUAUUGCACUUUCGUUUCAGGAUGCAGAAGGGUGUGAGGACAUCUGGCAGUUCAUGUCGGAAGUCAGGCGGCAUCUCAAUGGCUUACCUAAUGAACUUGACGCAUCGCAACAUCCCUCAUCAUCAUCACCUCUUUCUGGCUCGCCGGUACUCGGUUCAGGUACAGGUCAAGGCACACUCACCGAAGCUCGCAUGACGUGGGAGAAACCAUCGUUGGCUAAUAUUAAGAGUCAAGAGAUAUGGUUACGGAUGCAGACAAAGUCUCCAGCUGGGCGUGAGAGGGCAGUACGACAUAUAAUCAGCGAGGACUACAUCAAGGAAUGCAUUGCGGUACAUGAGCAAGCGGAGGACUUGGAAAGUCUGGAUGAUCUACACGCCCUGUGCUCGUUGAUGCAGACUAUACUACUUCUGAACGACAAUACAGUUUUCGAAUACAUCCUUCAGGACGACAUGUUUGUCGGUGUCCUGGGUCUACUCGAAUAUGACCCCGAAUUCCCUACCCUUAAAGCCUCUUACCGUUCAUUCUUCGAGGAGACUGCCAAAUUCCGCCAAGUCGUCGAGAUACGGAAUCCGGUGAUCGAAAGCAAAAUACACCAAACCUAUCGGCUCAUGUUCCUCAAGGACGUCGUCCUCGCUCGAGUCCUGGAAGACCCAACAUUUGGAAUACUGAACGGCUUCAUCUUUUUCAAUCAAAGUGACAUCGUCUCGUACAUGCACUCGACUGCUGGAGUAUUGAAUGAAUUGUUCGCAGGAUUUAAAGGCGGUUCAGAAUCAACAGAUGAACCUCUCGAUGACCGGAAACGCGAUAUCGUUCUGUUCCUACAUCAACUCAUGAUCAUGGGCAAGAGCGUUCAAUUACCGAAUCGGGUAGCCCUGUAUCGCAACUUGUUGGAGAAGGGCUUGCUUUAUGUCUGCGAGUGGGCUUACACCCGACACGAAGCUCAAAUUCUGCAUGCCGGUGCAGAGCUUUUGAGCUUAGCAGUAGAGCACGACGUCAACGUCUUUCGACGACAUUGCCUCCAGGCCCAUCAAGCUCGACGUAGGACGCUAUUGGCGGAUAUGAUUGGCCUCAUGAACGCGACGCAGAAUAUCGGCCUGCUCAGUCAGACCAUGGACACGCUCCGGUCGAUACUGGAUGUCGGGAUGGACGAGGCGGCUUUUGCGGUCCGAAAGGAGAGCGAGAGUGCCGAAUCGUUUAUGACGUACUUUUACGACCACUGUUCAGUGAUACUGUAUCAGCCAUUGCUCGACCUUCCAGAUGUCAAUUUUAACGAACCCCCUGCCCAUCUCCCUUCCCUCUCACGCGAACGCAGAUCCUUAUUGCAAGGCCUCAUUGAGCUAUUCUCCUUCACCUUGUCCAAUCAGAAUCAAGCACAUCGCGCCGCCUAUUUCCUCCUCUCACACCCGCUGUCCCGCAAGGUGUUGACUUUGCUCUACUUCAAGGACAAGUCACUCCGUCACGCCGCAUUACGAUACAUGAGGACAUGUUUCAAGAUUCAAAAUCAUUUCAUCCAUCGAUAUUUCGUCAAGAAUGACCUGCUGUUGCCCCUGUUGGACCUCAUAAAUUCGCAGAAUGGACGGGACAACAUGUUGAGCUCUUCGUAUAUGGAAGUACUGGAGCUGGUUCGAAAGGAGAACAUCAAACCCAUCAUAAAUCACCUGUUUGAGAAUCACAAAGCUCGUCUAGACGUGCUCGCUUCUCGACCAUACCUUCGUCUAAUAAUUCGUGGUCUGACACAACGUUGGGAAGCCAACAAUGAGCCAGCACCUCCGCCCCCACCUCAGCCUGAUCCAAACAUGUCCAGCAGCAAGACUUGGUCCAUGUCUGCCGAGGCGGACGAGGAGAAUUACUUCCAGGCGUCCAGUGAUGAUGAGGAGAUUGGACCAAAAGCUCCCAUGUCGUCUUCCUUGGUCUCGCCACAGAAACGGAAACGAGCUCAAUCCGGUGCACCUACCCCACCACCUCCAAAACGUCCGUCUGCUCCGAGUCCUGGCCGAAUGGCCAGUGGGAACAACGGCUCUUCAGCUCUAGGACUAGACUAUGAUGAUGGGAGUGAUUCUGACGGAUCAUCUGGUGCUCAGUCUCCCGUCAUCAAACCUUCUGCUUCUUCCGCAUCAUGGAACUCGAGCGAGACAUCGUCAUCGACUGAACGUGGUAGUACGCCACCGGAGGAACUCGCUGAAGAUCUGGGAGAUGUGGCCAUGAAGAUGCGAGCCAAGCGAUUACGUGAAGAGGAAGAGGAAGAGGGUUUUGCAGGGUUACUCGUCAAGCAAUCGAAAAAGACUAGUGAUAAUCAAUCCGUUGGGAAUGGGCCAGCAUCAAGAUCUCGCUCUCGAUCAGCUUCGCCAAACGCCAAGGGAGGAUCAGAUGACAUGAAAGUCAACGGGUCAUCUACCGCCGCUGCCACCGACAAGGAGUCUCCGAAUGGUGGAAAGAAGAGCAAGAUUAGAUUGAGUUUUGGUCCUUUUGGUAGGAAAGCUGCGGGUGGAGGUGGGGACAAGUGAGGGUCUUAUAUUCGGAAGGGGUUUUAAACUGGGCUCUCCUUCAUGUGACAUCGAGAGUUAGAAAUGAAAGCUGAAAGCAUGCUGCCCUUGAUCACAUGCAUCCCCGUUGUAUGAGUCUGCCAUCAAAAUGUGUCGCCACUCGGAUGGUGUUUGGAGUGGAGGAAUGGCGAGUCAAUUUUGAAUAAAUCGUUGCCAUCGGCUUUAAGCAUUCUAUGUUGGGUGCCACACGCUUCAGUUGAAAAAUUAACGCCGAAUCUCUCCGGUCCGGUAGCUUCGUAGCCCCCUCACACAUGGGAUUUUUGGUUGGUAGUAGUAG